GUUACAGCGCGGUGGAAGCGGACGCCUGCGCAGAGGGGGUGAUCGUGCGCUCGCGCCCCGCCUCUGCCGAGCCGCGCCAGCGCAGUCAAGUGCCAGCGAGCAGAAGCAGCGCCUGCGUGGUCGUGGCCGGGGAGGCUGUGGCGGCAGCGGCGAUGGAGCCAGCGGAGCCCCCAAACGAAUUGGUGUCAGCCGAGGGCCGAAACCGGAAGGCGGUGCUGUGCCAACGUUGUGGCUCUCGCGUGCUGCAGCCAGGGACCGCUCUCUUCUCCCGUCGACAGCUUUUCCUUCCCUCCAUGAGAAAGAAGCCAGCUCUGGCUGACGGCAGCAACCCUGAAGGCGAUCUCCUCCAGGAGCACUGGCUGGUGGAUGACAUGUUCAUCUUUGAGAAUGUGGGCUUCACCAAGGAUGUGGGCAACAUCAAGUUUCUGGUCUGCGCAGACUGUGAAAUUGGACCCAUUGGCUGGCAUUGCCUCGAUGACAAGAACAGUUUCUAUGUGGCCUUGGAACGGGUUUCCCAUGAAUAACUGAGGGGAUGGGGACUCAGAUCCACCCCAACUAUAAAAGCUCUCCCCACAAGAACUGGCGUUGGACCUUUGUAACUCCUGUGCUGCCUUCUCUGUACUAAUACAAGUGACGAGCACCAACACCUCCACUGGAGCACGCACAGGGCCAGGCCUCCUUCCUCCGCGCCCCCUGCAUGCCUCAGGCCAGGUCCACGUGCAUAACGUGUCCUGAUCCCUUUUCCCCUUGUUUUAAGAUACUGUCAUACCUCCACAAAUCUAGUCUCAUCCCUGGCGCUCUGCCGAGGCUGUCUUUUACCCAGGACUUGCUUUUGUUUUUUUCUUGCUCUAGAAGAGCAGAAUUCAACUUUUUAGCCAUGACAUAUGACAAAAGAUGCUCAUGUGCUGAUAGUUAAAACUCCAUCUUUUUCUCAUUCAGGAAAGCAUAUUUGGGGGCUGGGGACAUAGCUUAGUAGGUAGAGUGCUUGCCUCGCAUGCACAAGGCCAGUGGUUCAAUCCCCAGCACCACAAAAAAAAAAGAAAAAAGAAAGCAUACGCAUGCUGGGCACAGAUUACGACUGUAAUCCCAACAUCUCGGGAGGCUGAGAUAGGAGGAUCAAGGGUUCAAAGCCAGCCUCAUCAAUGGUGAGGCACUAAGCAACUCAGUGAGACCCUGUCUCUAAAUAAAAUUCAAAAUAGGGCUGGGCAUGUGACUCAGUGGUUGUGUGUCCUUGAGUUCAAUCUCUAGUACCCCUUCCAAAAAAAAAAGGCAUACACAUAUCUGAGACAUACUGCUUUGUGGCUAACCUUGUUAUCUACAUUAAUUUAUUAUUUCUAAAAGUAAAACAUAUACAGACUUCAGUAUUUAAAUCACUAAUGAGAAACACAUUACUUUGGGUACAUCUCUAAUAUCAUGUUUGAGAAUCUUUGCUCUGGGUGGACACUGGUGUUUUAUUGCAAAGAUGGAUGUGGCCCCUCUUUCCUUCAAAAGUUAAUGUGGUUUCUCCUUUUAUUGGCUCCUCAUGCCUACAGCCUGUAUAUUAGCCUCAGACUGUCUGCCCCAUCUGAGCCACCCAAGGGAAACAAGCUUGACAGUUAACCAGCCUCUCCUGGAGACUGGAGGAUAUGGGAUAUAUGAGGGAAAGGCCUUUGCCUAUCUCCUCUGGACAGGUAACUUUAUUACCUUGUUCUUAGGACAGACUUCUGUAAUAGAUAGCAUCAUGAUUUAUCGGACAUGCUCAGUGUGUUCCUCAGAGUUUUGAUUCAAAUGAAUCUCCCUACCAGUCCAGAAUACAGAUUUUUCCCACCAA